UUCUCAGGACUCCUGAAGACUCCCGUGGGACUUUGAGUAUUCUGAGGACUUUCGUUGGACUCUCGCAGGACUCGAAACCUCCACAGAAGUCCCACGGGAGUCUUCAGGAGUCCUGAGAAAUCCCUUGAAAGUCCCACCUGACUCCUACAGGAUCCUCCAGGAUCCCGCAGGACCCCGUGACAGGAGUCCCGUGGGAGUUUUGCCGGGAGUCUGGACUAGGGACGGCCGUUGAUCUUCAGACUCAUACAUUUAUCGUUAAGAUCUUUUGAGCAUUUAAAAGAUGACAUUCGUCAUUGAGAGAGAAUGUAAUUCAGUAGAUUUCCUGUCUGAUGGAAGAGGAGGAUAGAUUUAACAGAUAAUUCUUUGACGUGAAGAAUGAUUCCAUGAAUGGUUUUCUUUUGUUUUCUAGUUGGUAUUAUAAUCACAAUAAUCAUCUAUUUCAUCUAUAAAGAUGUUAGGAAACAAUCGGAAAUAUUCGACAGUUAUCUGUCUGUUGUGUUGAGUAAAUCAGUUCAGCUCAUAUUGAUCUGCCUUGUUAUUGGUGCUUUAUCAUUGGCUUACAAAGAAACGCGUCAAUUAAAAAUUCGUUGGCAUACAGCCAUUGUAUUUGAUGAAGCUCUUGUUAUAUUUAGUUCAUUGGGAACAUAUUUGUUUGCCACAUUUAGUCUUCUAUCGGCCGGAUUUACAGAUCACAUACAAACAUUAGAACUAUUAACACUAUUUGUUGCAUUAUUGACAAUAAUCGAAUGUACAAUACAAACAUUAUUUAUUCUUGAUGGUCUACGACGUCGAGCUAAUACAGCCAGAGCAAAACGUGAAAAGCCCGGACGAGAAUUUGUUGCAUUAUUAAUUGUUUUAAAUAUAUCAUUAUGGUUAUUAGACACAUUUUUAGCAAAAAAAACGGAAACAAAUCAAAUACAAGUUAAUUUUUAUGAUAAGAUUACAUGGACAAUUAUUCAUACUGUAACGGCACCGUUAUCAAUGUUUUAUAGAUUUCAUUCAUCCGUUUGUCUAUCAGACAUGUGGCAAACUGUUUAUGUCUAA